UUACCGAUGCAUCCCGACGUACGCAGCGGGACGCUUCCCAACGGAUUACCCUAUAUUAUUUUGCCCAACAAGGCUCCGGCUGGACGUUUUGAAGCCCACUUGCAGGUCUUUUCUGGUUCUUCCGACGAACUCGAACCACAACAGGGUAUUGCGCAUUUGACGGAACAUGUUGCUUACAUGGGAUCCCGGAAACGCGAGCGCCUCUUUGGGACCGGUUCGCAAACCAACGCGUAUACCGACUUUCACCACACCGUCUUCUACGCUGCCUGCCCGGUUCUCAGCCCGCGGGGUAACCAACCCAUGCUUCCCAUGGCCUUGGAUGCGUUAGUGGAUGUGAUGGAAGCCCGUGUUGAGCAGUCCCGUCUAGAGAAGGAACGAGCGGCCGUACUUUCGGAGAUGACCAUGGUCAACACCAUUGAAUACCGAGUGGAGUGCCAGAUUUUGUCUACACUUCAUCGAGAAAAUCGUCUCGCCAAACGGUUUCCCAUUGGCAAGGAAAGCUUAAUUCGCUCCUGGGAAGGAGAUGAUGUGCGUACUUGGCAUCGGACGCAUUACCGCCCCGACAAUGUUUUACUGUAUUUGGUGGGGGACAUUGAUCCUAGCGAGGCAGAAAAGGUGAUUGCCGAAAAGUUUGGACACUUGUCUGCGGACCAGCAAGCUACCGAGAUUAGAAUUCCGGAACUUAAGGUCGAAGCUUCAAAACUUGCGGAUGCCGUUGUGGCCGGUUCUAUUAAGGCUGGACAGUCAUGGCACUAUCCUCCAGUCCGGCAUGAUUGGUUUGCGCCGGGGAAAAAAAUUCGUCCGCAUAUCUUCCGACACGAACUCCUGCAGGCCUUUUCCUUGCACUUGUUUGCUAAACGACCCGUGGAGGAGAUUGUGGAUUUGGAUGGAUUCCGACGGUCUAUGGCACGGCGUGUCGCUUUGGCCGCUUUGCAAAUUCGUUUGAACGUUGGUGGACGCAGUGACGACCCGGCUUUUACGUUUGUCGAAUUUAAUCAACUCGAUUCGGCUCGCGAAGGAUGCGCUGUUUGCAGUUUGGAUUUGACCUCCGAACCCGCUCGUUGGAAAGAUGCGAUCGGGAAGUCCGUGUCGGAAAUCCGCAAGUUGGGCUUGUAUGGUGUCACACCGGGAGAAAUGGAACGCUACGCGUCGUCAUUGAUGACCGACGCCGAACAGUUGGCCGCUCAAGGUGAUCGAAUCAGCCACGGUGACCAAUUAUCGUAUUUGAUGGAAACUGUGGCUAACGGGCACACCUUCAUGUCGCCAAUGCAGUCAUAUCACAUGACGGCCAAAGCCUUGUCCACUAUGACCCUAGAGGAUGUCAAUGAAGCUGCAGCGGAAUUGUGCUCGCACGUUUCUAGUAUUCAUGACGGGGCCGAGGCGUCGGAAGGACCAAUUAUUGCUAUUGCAUGUACACCGAAGGGUCCCAAGGAAGGUGACCCUGGUUUCUGCGACGAAGACAGUUUGGUACAGGCCAUAUAUGAAGCUUGUCAGAUUGAAGUCGAACCAGAAGAAGACGUAGUCGUCCCUCAUACGCUCAUUCCUGAAGAAGAACUAGCGAAGGCGAUUGCAGAAAACCAGCCCGAAUGGAAAGGCGGCAAGUUCACUGACGGUACCCCAGACACUGCAGCCGACUCGUUGACCCGUCCAAUUACCCUCCGACGUUUUACCAACGGAAUCCGGGUUGGGGUCGCUCAGAACCAGGCCGAAUCACAGCGUGGUCACUUGCGUUUAGUGGCUCCAGGUGGGCGGGAUGCAGAGAAGCGUCUUGGAUUCAAAAAGGGCUCCAUGGCAGUCGGUGCGCGAACAAUGCAAGAAGGUGGGGCCUUUGGUCCUUGGACUCGAGAACAGGUCGAAUUGUUCUGUGUCGAUCAUUUGCUUAUGGUCGAAAUCAACUGCAACGAAGAAGCCUUGACGUUUGAUUUUGUGUUCCCGACAACGAAUGUUGGUAAUGUUGGUUUCGGUGAUGAUGUUCAACUCGGUAUUACCGGAACUGAGUCGGUGAUGCAGAUAUUGCGUGAGAUAAUGAUCGGUUUUAAGUGGGAAGAGGAUGCGCUCGGCCGAAGCAAGCAGAGUUUCCGUAGCUCCCACGAAAGUCUCCAGAAAAACCUUGAAGGAUUGAGUACUGAGCGUGUGGCUGAGGCCAUGACACAGAAUGACGAUCGUUUUCUCUCCAUUGACGUUGACUCGGUCAACUCUGUAACACUUGACGAAGCCAGACAGGCAGUCAUGUCUCAGCUGAUGCCUUCGAACGUGGAGAUUUCCGUAGCGGGCGACUUUGACGUAGUCGAGAUAUUGGAAAUGCUUUACAAGUACGUGGGUACGAUCCCAGCGGACGCUAACAAGGAAUUUCUGGUGGAAGACCCGAAGACAUUGCCGUACAAUAUUGGACGUGUCCCGGCGACGGAAAUCCCAGGCGGACACAUUGAACUUCAAUUGCCUGAUUCGGACCCCCGUGCUGUUGCGUAUGUGGCGGGAACCGCACCCAAUGCAUGGGGAUUCCUAGCGGAUGGUGCUACUGUUACGGAACUCCUUUUACAGGGAGACAAGCGCUCAUCGGAUGUCGCGCGAAAGCGCCGAUCGCACCCUCUAUUUGCCUAUGCUGCCCUCAGUCUCCUUUCCGAGAUAGUCAAUCGUCGGUUGUUUUCAACAGUGCGUGAGCGCAAACAGCUAACAUACGACGCCAACUUCUCGUUUUCUGGUUUUGAACGUUUAUUGGGAGGGUGGUUCCUUAUCACGGUCACUGCUUCUAAGGAAAAAGCGCAGCAAGCACUCGAGGCAUGCAAGGAAACAAUACACGCUUUACGCAAGACGAGCACGAUUACCCCGGAUAAUGUGGAAUCGGCCAAGCGAGUCGUCUUAAACCGACACGACGGAGAGUUACGGACGUCGGCCUAUUGGACCCACAUCAUGUCUGGUAUUCAGGAGGAACGGAUUCCACUCAAAGGACCUUUGUCCGUGACGGACUUUCACACGGUUGUUGACUCAAUAACUCCGCAUGAUCUUCAAAUGACAUUGGAGUGCCUUGGGGUAGAAGACAAUGAGCUGUACACGUGCAUUGGUCAGACUGUCUUGCCGGAAGGCUCAGAAACCACG